CGUUUCAUACUGCUACUAUGAUGAUUAUUAUUAUUAAUAUUAUGCUUGUCUUCUUGUUUCUUUCUUAUUUGUUUGCUAUUACACCGAUUACCGGCCGCCGGACCCCGCCCGACUGCCCGACUCUACUCGACUCGACUCUACUCUCUUAAUGAUUCAUUCGUUCAAACCUUUCGAUGCCACGUAAACGUACAACCAUCAGCCGAACGAAGAAAAUUUAUAUAAAUACCCAAAAAAUGCGGCGCGAGCAAAUCAUUUAGAACUUUGCUUUCGCUCUGUACGGACGUUCGCGAGACACGCGUGCGUUCGAGUGCUUUCGUGUGUUAUAUCGUUAACUUUUUUAAACUUCAAACAUGUCCGGUCGCGGAAAAGGCGGAAAAGUUAAGGGCAAGGUCAAGUCCCGUUCGAACCGUGCCGGUCUUCAGUUUCCGGUCGGUCGUAUACACAGAUUGUUGCGCAACGGAAAUUACGCUGAACGCGUUGGUGCCGGUGCACCGGUUUACCUGGCCGCCGUCAUGGAAUACUUGGCCGCUGAAGUUUUGGAAUUGGCCGGUAACGCAGCAAGAGACAACAAGAAGACUAGAAUUAUUCCUAGACAUCUUCAACUCGCCAUAAGGAACGACGAGGAACUGAACAAACUCCUUUCCGGUGUGACAAUCGCCCAAGGCGGAGUUUUACCAAACAUUCAAGCGGUACUACUCCCGAAGAAGACCGAGAAGAAAGCUUAAAAAACGCUUCAAACUCGCUCGCAAGGACAACAACAACAACACAACAUGUCGUCGAUAAUAUUUAUAUAUAAUAAAUAAUAAUAAUCGACGAACACAUAUUUUGUUCGUUGUUGUUGUUAUUAUUAUUAUUAUUAUAUUGUAUUGUUGACAGAAAUCAAAGGCCCUUUUCAGGGCCGCAAUAUGAAUCAAUCAAUCAAUCAAUCAAUACUGAAUCGACCGAAUCUAAUCCAUAUAUUAAAUAAAUAAAUAAAUAAUUAAAUGAAAAUAAACAUAUUUCUCAAGUACAAAAAA